GCCCGAGGCGCGCGCUGGGGGAGUGUGAGGCGGGGCUGCGGUGGCUGCGGCGGCUGAGGCGGCUGUGGCGGCGGCGGCAACGCGUUCGGGCAGGACCAAGUCUCUCGCCGUCCAGCGGCCUGGGAUGGGUAAUGGUGUGCAGGAAGGCUCAGUGCGUCUGCGUGAGGAUGCUGAAGCCAUCCUGUCAGGGCCUGUCUCCUCAAAGAGAGACCACAGGCAGGUGCUCAGCUCCUUAGUGUCUGGGGCCCUGGCGGGUGCACUUGCCAAAACAGCGGUAGCCCCACUGGACCGAACCAAGAUCAUCUUUCAAGUGUCUUCAAAACGAUUUUCUGCCAAGGAGGCCUUCCGGGUCCUCUACUUCACCUACCUCAACGAGGGCUUCCUCAGCCUAUGGCGCGGGAACUCGGCCACCAUGGUGCGGGUUAUUCCCUACGCCGCCAUCCAGUUCACCGCACACGAGGAGUACAAGCACAUCCUGGGAAACUACUACGGCUUGCGUGAAGAAGCCCUGCCCCCGUGGCCCCGCCUCCUUGCUGGCGCACUGGCGGGAACCACAGCUGCUUCCCUCACCUACCCCCUGGACCUGGUCAGAGCCAGGAUGGCUGUGACGCCCAAGGAGAUGUACAGCAAUAUCUUUCAUGUCUUCAUCCGAAUUUCUCGAGAGGAGGGCCUGAAGACCUUGUACUUCGGAUUCACCCCCACUGUGCUGGGUGUCAUCCCCUAUGCCGGGCUCAGCUUCUUCACCUAUGAGACACUCAAAAGCCUGCACAGAGAAUACAGCGGUCGCCCACAGCCCUACCCCUUUGAGCGCAUGAUCUUUGGGGCCUGCGCUGGCCUCAUCGGGCAGUCGGCUUCCUACCCUCUAGAUGUGGUUCGGAGGCGUAUGCAGACAGCUGGUGUCACAGGCCAUCAGCAUGGCUCCAUCCUGAGCACACUGCGCUCCAUUGUGCAAGAAGAGGGUGCAGUGCGGGGCCUUUACAAGGGCCUGAGCAUGAACUGGCUGAAGGGCCCAAUUGCCGUGGGCAUCAGCUUUACCACCUUUGACCUCAUGCAGAUCCUGCUGCGCCGGCUACAGAGUUAGGCCCAGGAAAUGUGGAUAGUGAGCUGGUGGAUUGAGGGCAUAUGGUUGGGUGCUGGCAGCCCCUGGUGAUACCUUGAGGACAGGCAGAUGGGCGGGGCUUGGCUUAGAGCUACAGGGCCUGGACCUAAGCACUGGCCCUCCAGGUAUGAUGUUGGGAAGAUGGCUCCCAUCUGUCCCUCUCCUCCCAGCUCCUCUCCAGUGUCUGGUGCAUCUCCCAGGGGUGUCACCUAGAAGGCCCCUAAGGGGUCAGUUCCACCUGCUGACCCUGUGUCUUUUGACCUGCUGCUGAUUCUAGUGCCCACUGGCACAUUGGGUUCAGAGCCUGUCCCUUCUUGCUGCAACUGUGUGCCUGGCCUGCAGAUGCAACCAGCCCUUUCCAGAAGCCACACCCUGGCCAGGAGGGUCGAAGCUCAGCCCUGGCUGCACCUGUGUCCAUCCCCCACCCACUGUGCCUCCCUUUCCAUUGUGUCCUGCCUUUCCAUUCUUUCCCAGGGGACAGACAGCCACUCUGUCCCCACAGGGUCCAGAACACUGUGCCCAUCUGGUUCCUGAGGGCUGCACCUGGUCUUUGCCACUACCUGGCUUGUAACCUUUCCGAGAGGCCUCACUGCCACUAUGAAGCGGUCCCCACUGGAAAUGCCCAUGUGUAUCCCCUGAGGUAUAGCACUUGGACCACCCAGAGGCCUGAGGGCUCUCACCCAAACAUGGAGGUGGGCCCAAGCUCCUGAAACUGCCCUACCCAGACUUCUGGUGACACCCUGUGGGUCCCCAGUCCCCACUAAGGCUCUCGCUCACCCAAGCCAAGUGAAGGCCCUGGAGGAGUGUCUGGGCCUAUACAGAUGAACACAGGUGUCUGGGGCAUGAGGAAUGGUUGGGAAACCUGGGGACCCCUCGGUGUCACAGCAGGUCUCAGUGUGCCUUUCUGAAUGAUGUCUAGAGUUCAUGAUUUGGGCUUUUUGAGACAGUCUCACCUGGAAGUCGUGGCUGGCCUGCUACCUAGUAUAUAACCUGGGCUAGCCUCCAAUUCAUAGCAAUUGUUCUGCCUCUUGAUUCUGGUUUUCAACUUGUUGGGCCCCAGGUGUAUUCAUACCGAACCCCUGCCCCGUGUAACCUGGUUACCACAGCUGGCUGGGCAGCUGCCUCAUAUAGAGGACCUGAGCAGGUGGCUAGACCCCCCAUGUGUUUCUAAUCGUGAAUCCCAUUCCCACACCCCUUGCUCUUUGUCUCUUGCCUUGCGCCUGUGAUGCCCAGACCCUCUCUGCCUUCCUCGCAUGUGCUGAUGGUCUGUCCUCAUCCAGUCCCCAGGCACCUGUGGUGGCUUUGAGGGACCACCCUCUUGUGUGAGUGUGAUGCCUACCCUGACCUUGUGCAGCCCCCACACUGGGCAGGACAGGCUGAGCACCCCAUACAGGAAAGUAGGAGGGGAAUGAGGCUCCUGGGCCACCCCAGCAAGUGGCAUCAUUUGGAUGGUUGGGCAGCGCCUUGCAUUGGACCAUGGACUAGGCCUGAGAGGUGAGGGUGUCACAGGCCCCUGGUCUUCUUGGUCCCCCUGGACAUGCCUCCUUGGUAUCUCUGGCCUGGGUAGGCUCUCAGCCUUGUGGCUACCCUCCCCAGUCACCAUCCUGGUCUGGAGUUCUAUUUUGAUGCCAUGAAGACACUUUGUUUAUAUAAUGUUUAUAUAUUUUGAUUUGUGCCAAGAGAGUAUAUUUAAUAAAAAUUUAAAUGAUGUCUA